AUCAGCGUGCGGCUGUGGGACCGGCGGGAGAUUUGACCUCAGCCCGCCCCCUCGUGGGAGGGACCGGGAACGCGCGCAGCAGGUUCAGCUCACCAGGGCGGUGGGCGCGGCUCCCAGGGGCGGGGCCUGACCGGAGUCCCGCCCUCCUGGCAUAAAAAGGCGGCCCGGGCGCCUGUCGGCUCGUACACAGCGGGAUGGACGGCUUGGGUGGAGGUCCCAAGUGUGGGGCUCCCUGGAAGAGGAUGUCUAAAGAGGAGCUGGAGAAUCAGUACUCCCCCAGCAGAUGGGUCGUCCGACUGGGAGCAGAGGAGGCCUUGAGGACCUACUCACAGAUAGGAAACGAGGCUACCAAGAGGGCCCAGGCCACCGGGAGGAACCUGCUCGAUGUCCCCUAUGGAGACGGCGAAGGGGAGAAACUGGACAUCUACUUUCCUGAGGCAGUGUCUGAAGCCUUACCGUUCCUCGUGUUUUUUCAUGGAGGAUACUGGCAGAGCGGAAGUAAAGACUCGUCAGCCUUCAUGGUCAGCCCACUGACAGCACAGGGAGUGGCUGUGGUGAUAGUGGCUUAUGACAUUGCCCCCAAAGGCACCCUGGACCAGAUGGUAGACCAGGUGACCCAGAGCAUCGUGUUUGUCCAGAAACAGUAUCCAGGCAACCAGGGAAUUUACCUGUGCGGACACUCAGCUGGGGCCCACCUCGCCGCCAUGAUGCUCCUGGCCAACUGGACCAAGCGUGGAGUCAGGCCCAACCUCAAAGGCUUCUUCCUGGUGAGUGGGAUCUAUGACCUGGAGCCUGUCAUGCACACCUCUGAGAACGCCCCUCUCCUCACAACCCUGGAGGACGCUCAAAGGAACAGCCCCCAGUGGCGCCUGAAGACAAGCCCAACGCAGCCUGUGGACCCAGCCUGCCACAUCCUGGUGACUGUGGGCCAACACGACAGCCCCGAAUUCCACCGACAGUCCAGGGAAUUUUAUCAGACUCUGCGGCGAGGAGGGUGGAAAGCCUCCUUUGAAGAGCUCCACGACGUGGAUCACUUCGAAACCCUUUGGAACCUAACCCAGAAGGACUACGUGCUCACCCAGAUUAUUUUGAAAACAAUCUUCCAGGAGUCCUGAUGACACCUGAACCCCCGCCGCCAGCAUGCACCCCGACUUGUGAAACUUCUCCCAAGGGCUCGACUGCUUCCCAUUCUUGCCGGCCUCAGCUUUCCUGUGCCCAGCGGCGCCUCUGUUUGUCCACCCACCCCGGCCAGGGUCCAUUCCCCUCACUGCUCUGAACACGAGUACAAAUCUCCAUGGCCUGCCCCUGGCCUAGAUCCAGCGGGUUCUGGCCCAGGUCCACGCCCUGUGUGAUACCCAGAGUCUGGCCCCCAGUCUGCUGAGAGGGUGAAACAAAAGUGACAACUCCCAACCAAAAUGAAGAAGAAGAGCUCCCCAAACCA